AUGUCUGACUGGGACGAUGACGAUUUCGUGCCUGAGACGGUUGCUGCUGCGCCGGCAGCCCCUGUCGAACAGUCAAUCGACAAUUAUAGGGUGCCGUCGCCCCAACCCCAGAAGAAGGUGAAGCCGAAGUAUAUGGAAAAGGAGGACCAGACCUAUGCUAUGGAGGAUCUCGGCCGCGAGUUGACCACUGCUGAAAGAGAGGCUAUACAAAGAAAAACUGAUCGCGCUUUUGCUCGUGAAUUGAUGGGUGGUGAAGGUGCUGAUGAUGAUGAGGACUCGUGGCAAGACGCCGCUAGCAAAGAAGAUUUCGAGCACUGGGGCGAUAAGAUUGCCAAAUGGGCUUCGCAACGACACAAGGCUGCCCACUACGGCGAUUUCCUUUCCAAGCUCCUUGCCGGCCUCUCGAAAGAUUUGGACGCUACCGAUAUUAGAAAGAUGUCCAACCUGCUGAAGCAAAUUGCCGACGACAAGAAGAAGGAGACCGACAAGGCGAAGCCGGUGGCUAGCGUCGGAAAGAAGAAGGCGAAAACGGCUGUUAAAUCGACGGGUGGCAAAGGGCGCGACGACCUUGAUGACUACGGCACUGGUGGCGGCUCUGGCUGGCGUGGGGAUGACGAUGACGAUUUUAUG